CUUCUGAUGUCAUGGGGAAGGAAGGACGAUGAAAGUAGUCCAAGGCUUCUGUUGACAGGAAGCGGAAGUGGUCCUUAGACUAGCUAGCAGGAGGAAAAGACAGCAGCGAUAAGACAUCCUUUCAUGGAUGGUUGGAAAUACAGUCGACAUGCCUGUUUUAGCGUAUAAAGCGUGAACAUUCCCACCAACAUGAACAACAUUAUGGAGGAACAGGAGAGGGUUACUCUCCUUGCUGCUGUGCCCGAAUCCCAAGUUUUGACGCCGGGUCCGGGCGAUGGCAGCAGCUCAAGACCAAGGGCUACUACAGAUGGGGGCAUCAGACCUUUGGAGAAGAGGGGACCCUACAUCAUGUCCAAAGCCCCAGCCAUUCACAUGAAACUACAGAAACACCGUGAGAUGGCCCGUAAAGCAAUGAAGAAAAAAGGCCUUACCUCAGGGGGUCCAGUGAUGCAACAGCCCAGGCAAGGAGGAAAGAGAAGUGUGAAGUUCAACAAAGGCUAUGCUGCUUUGAGUCAGCAUGCUGAAGAGACACUGGUAGCAUUGGAUUCAGACAGGUAAAGGUAAACUACACACAUAUGGCGCCGAAUGUUGAUCUGCCAAUCGUUCGGCGCGCUGGGAUUUAGGGACCACACCCUGGUGGAUGUCUGACAGUGCAAAUUAUGGUCUCUGUUCAGAGGUGCUAAGUACUCUCUCUGGCAAACACUAUUGGCAAGGCACUACUUAAUGCAGACAGGGUCUUUAGAGAUUGUUUUUUAUUUAACCAGGCAAGUCAGAACAAAUUCUUAUUAACAAUGACGGCCUACCUCGGCCAAACCCGGACGACGCUGGGCCAAUUGUGUGCCGCCCUAUGGGACUCCCAAUCACAGCUGGAUGUGAUUCAGCCUGGAAUCGAAUCAGGGUCUGUGGUGAUGCCUUUGUCACAUUGUCCAAAUCUGAGAUCGGAUUGAAUCCCAGCCUAAGAGUUUUCCUAAUGACAUUAUCUUGUCUUGACCUUGCAGUGAUGAUGAGCUAGAUGUCGAGCAGUAUUCCUCGGGAUAUUCUUCAGCCGAGGUACACCCAGACCUGAGCAGGCAGCUGCUGCAGGAUGGAUACCGGCUAGAUGAGAUCCCUGACGACGAGGACCUGGACCUCAUUCCCCCUAAAGCCAUGGGUUCCUCAGCCUGCUGCUGCGCUGAGGCCCCGUCGUGCUCCGUGCAGUGAGGAGGGCACUUAGUGCUGUGACCUGGCUGACCCUGCAGCUCUGUGUUUAAAGACUGGACCUCUGUUACCCUGACCUUAGCCACUGUUUAAGUCAAGGAAGGCCUCCUGUUACCCAAACCCUACCACUGUCUAAGCAUGGAACCCCCCUAACACUUUAAACGCCUAGCCACUGUUUUUGCAGUGCUCUCUACACCCUAACUAUGGACUGAAGUCAUCCUAAGCCUUAGCCACUGUCCAAGCAGGGCUCUCUGUCACCCCAAAGGUUGACCUCUGUGUUAUUUUGGAUCUAGAUGAAAUGCUAACCAUGCUACAGCCCCUCUGAAUAGACAGGUGCAGGGUGAUUCAUCUCUGGACAUGCACUAUACUCAUUCACCUGAUGGAGAAGGUCACUGUCUUGUUGUCCUCUUUGGCAUAUCUCUCCCAGGUCUAUUUAAACAUAGAACAUUGAUAUGCAUACAGCAAAUGUCCUAGAGCGGUUUGAACGCUAAAGUUUUUCCGCAAGCUUGUCUUGCUCCAAUUCCCUUUCAAAGUAAGCCCUUUGAAAACAAACCUGAACAUUCCCUAACUUUAGAUAUAUUGAUUGCCAUUUUUAAUACAUCUUCCUAAAAUUCCCUGUUUCUGUUGCAAAUCCUUGGUAUUAAUCUUGGGUCUAACCUCAAACCCUGCUCUGUGGCUUUGACACUACAUGGUUUACUUGUAUGUGAAUUAAUGCUUUAAAUUGUAUAGGGAAACUAGCACUUACUCAUGUCAGUCUGCCUUUCAAUGCUUUAAAAAAAAGGGUUAUGUUAAAGGGUUACAAAAUGGCACUGUUUUUACUGUAAUGUUACAGCAAUGAGAACUGGUCAAUCUUGUCAGGGUGUCACUGAGGUUAACUACUACCUCCUGACAAUGCUGUACACAAUAACCUACUUGAUCCUCUGCCUACUACAUAUAGUAGUUACUGGAUACUUACAGGGACGAUCUGAACAGACAAGUCACCUACCUGUUGUUACAUUUGGAUCACUCUCACUCGCAUGUCACUCAGCAAAUUGUAAAUUUACCCACCCGUAUGUUAGUAUUUUGGUAUCUUCUGAUUUUUAAAUGAAGCAGUACAUUGUCAGUACACUAAACAUUUUGAAGAAUUCUGUCUGUGUUGUCAGGCAUUAGAAUGGGUGAUUCUCAUCACUCGAGCCCUUACAUGUGUGGCUAAAGAUAAGUGUGUUUGCUAGUUGCUGUUUAUCAGUGCAGACUUAAUGUGGAAGUGUGUGUCAGUCUGGCGGUGUUUACACAAGCGACCCAAUUCUGAUAUUUUUUUCACUAAUUGGUCUUUUGACCAAUCACAUCAGCUUUGAAAAAGAGCUGCGGUGGAAAGUUCUGGCAUGAUUGGUCCAAAGACCAAUUUAGCAGAAAGAAUAUCAGAAUUGGGCUGCCUGUUUAAACGCAGCCAUUGAGUGCUUGACCUGUGUGCUAGAUAGAUAAACAUUGCACUCAACACCAACUGGUGCAGUCAGUACACUGCACUCGCCUAUACUAUGCAACUAAUGGGACAAUCUGCUUAAGUAUCCUAGUUAAAACAAUAUACCAAGUGUUACUGAGUGCUAAAUGUUUUUUUUUUAACUUGAGUUAUUAUGUAUAGGAAACUAUUUUUAUUUGAUUAUAAAGAUUGUUUUGCUAUAUUCAAUAUAAUUAAUAUGCACACGUCCUGUUGUAAUUUUCUUCUGGUUUGCUGGAGGGGAUGUUACACCAUUGAAAGUUAUUUUCACAGAAUUCAGAGUACUGUCAAUCUAAUCUCUGUCAAAUAUUUGUUAUGUAGAAGAGCUUGAAUGUACAGCAUUGAGGAUGCAGAAUAUGUUUAUGAUGAGUAUUCUGGUAUAUUGGAAAGACAUCUUGAUAAAAGCAGGUUGGUUACGUUAGAUCAGGGGUGUCAAACUGGGCUGUUGGUUUUUGUUUUAACCUUUCAGUUAAGACCUAGACAACCAGGUGAGGGUAGUUACUUACUAAUCAGUGACCUUAAUCCCACAAUCAAGUACAAGGGAGGAGCGAAAACCCACAGACAUUCUGCGCUCCGUGGAAUGAGUUUGACAUGUGGAAUAAAUAGAUCGUUAACUGAACAUAGAGACCACACAUACUGUGGGGCCAUAGUACCAGACCAUUUCCAUCCAUUUGGGGGCAGUAUUGAGUUGUCACAAUAUUAUUUCAUGGCGAUGGAAGUAGCUAACAGGCUGUCAUUACUUGCGUUACGUACAUGCAUCACUGUAUAAAUGUGUCUUUGUAGGCUAUUUUAUAGUUCACCGCUCAGCGGAGUAGUUUUUAUCUGGGAUUAUAAAUUGCAUUAGUACUGUACCUCAAUAGUUAUAUCAUUUUAGCUUUGCAUUAUCAAUGUUUGUCAAAAAUGUAGGGCCGGCUAAUUAUUCAACAGGCAAGUUAUCCACAUGUCAAAUGGAAUUGUAUUGAGGGAAAACGCCUGUCAGCAUAACGGCCACACGCGAUCUAUUAUGUACUAUUUAAUAGGCUCUAGUUUGCAUGGACGGACAAUGUUGCCAUUCUCAUAAAAUUGCCAUUCUCAUGAGAUUUGCAUACGCAUAGUAACUAUUCAGCCAACGCUGCGCUGGAACUCUGGAACUUGUUGCUGUCACUGGGCGGGCCCUAAUGAUGUUGUACGCCUAGACGGGGGGUGUAAUUCAAGUGAAGGAAAAUCGAGUCAAGGGAGUUACCUCAACGGCUAGUUUUUCGAGAUAUGAGAUCGGGCCAUAUUUCAUGUUCGUCUUUCUCUAAAUAAAAAAAAAAGAAGUGGCGAAAGAUACAAUUGAGAGUUACACAGCCAACAUUCUACCUAUCUGCUGGUGGACAAAUUUACCCCCCCCCCCCCCCCCGUGCAUGCACAAUUUCUCUGUGUUUACAAGUGAUUGAAACCGUGCCAGCGAAGAGGGAAAAGGAUAACCUAGGAAGGAGGGAUGGUGGACAAUUCCGGUAGCAGCAAGGCACAAAUGCCCAGCAUGUCACAGGAGAGUGGUCUGGGGGGUGUCUAUCCUCAGGCAGGCACUGCAGGAGGAAUGAAGCUGGAGGCUGUCAUGGAGCAGCUGCAGCGCCAGCAGCAGGCCAGGCUGGAGAUGGAGUGCAAAGAGAGGCGGCUCCGCGAGGCCCAUAUCAUGUAUGCCCAGCAGGUAGCAGCGCAGCAGGCCAUCCUGGCCGCGGCCCGGGCCUCUGGAGCUGGCUUCAUGGGCAAGGCCCUGGUUGGAGGUGCAGGGAUACCCAGAGGAGGCCCACUGUCCCGGGUAUCCAACCAGAGCAGUGUGGACUCAGAGAGGGAGGAUGAGGAGGACAGAGGCAGGGAUUCAGGGGAUGAUGAGGAGAUGAUGGAUGGAGACGAGGAAGAGGGAGGGGCUAGUGGUCUUGAGUACCUCCGCAAGCAGACACUGGCUCUACAACAGGGUGCCUCCCGCCUCCCUUCGCAUCCAUUUGGCAGUUACUCUACCUCGGGCCCCCAGCAGGUGCCAUUGCCACCUGUCAGGGUGAAGCAGGAGCCUGACGAGAGCCGCUCUCCUGCAGGGCCCCAUUCUGCCACCUCCCCCAACGGGCAGGCUGACUGGAAUAGCUUUGAGGAUCAGUUCAAACAGAAUGGGAGUGGUGCUUGGGCAGAUGAGAAUGACAGUGGAAGAGGAGGAAGAGGAGAGGCCUCCAGAGACUUUGCUAAGCUGUAUGAGCUUGACAGUGACCCCAACAGAAAGGAGUUCCUGGAUGACCUGUUCACCUACAUGCAGAAACGAGGGACUCCAGUGAACCGAAUCCCCAUCAUGGCCAAGCAGGUUCUGGACCUGUACAUGCUUUACAAGCUGGUGACGGAGAAGGGCGGCCUGGUGGAGGUCAUCAACAAGAAGAUCUGGAGAGAGAUCACCAAGGGCCUCAGCCUGCCCACCUCUAUCACCUCUGCUGCCUUCACCCUCCGCACACAGUACAUGAAGUACCUGUAUCCCUUUGAGUGUGAGAGGAAAGGUCUAAGUUCGCCAGGCGAGCUUCAGGCGGCCAUCGACAGUAACCGCCGGGAGGGCCGUCGCCCCAGCUACAGCAGCAGCCUCUUCCGCUUCUCCCCCAGCACAGCCCCUCACAUCCUCUCCCCUCCCAAGAUGCACCUGUCUGCACUGGGUGCCGGAGCCGCUGGGAGCCUCAAUGGCCUGCUGGCCUCACCCGUCCACUCUCUCAAAAAAGAAGAGGUCACCCCCUCCAUGAUGGCAGCGGCUCGUGGUACCUCCAUGUCCCUGUCGCUGGGGCAGCAGCAGGUGGCAGGGCUGGCGCGGGCUGCCACUCUGGAGCAGCUGAGGGAGAAGCUGGAGACUGGCGAGGGCCCUGAGAGGAAGAUGGCACGCCUGGCAGAGGAGCAGCAGCAGCGUCUGAUGCAGCAGGCCUUCCAACACAACCUGCUUGCCAUGGCCUCCCAGGUCCCCAUGAACCUGCGCCUGGGCAACAGCACCACCGCUAGAGUGGGUUAUGCAGAUGUAUGCUGCAAGACACCCACAAGGAAAUAUGAGAAGCAGCAGGACAUGGCUCUGAGCAUCUCCACCAAUGGAUCUGCUAGCAUCAGUGUGUCUGUGGAGGUCAACGGCACACUCUAUUCAGGAACCCUGUUUGCACAGAAGUCAGGCGCACCAGGGACUAGCGUGUCCACUGCAGCAACAGUGCCCUCUGCUGGACCCAGCGCUGGGUUUGGGUUCGUCACCUCUGCCCACAGCCACAGUCCCAGCUCUUCCUCUUCUUCCAAGGGGCCUUGCUCAGCCGAGCCCUCCACCAGUGGCUCCCCUUAGCUCAGGCCGCCCUACAACCCACUCUCUAGGCUUUUCAUCAACACCGAGGCCUAGCAUGAAUACAGUACAUUGAUAAAUCGAUAAGAAAAAAAGAAACUGGUGCACAACAAAUACCUCAUUGCUCCUGUCAACCUUGGCUACCCGUUUAUGAAUACACAAUUCACACACCCAAUUACAUCUCAAGAGAACAUGAACACACACACACCUAUGCAUUUCACAGACACCCAGCACACAGACACUCUUAUCCCAAACACAUGCUAAACACAAUCAGAGCUCAGCCAAAACCCACUGACAGGUGUUCACAACUGAACUUGAAGAGUUUUAUUUUGUUUGUUUGUUGGCUUUUUGUUUUUUUUAUUUUAGUUUUUUCGAAUUAAUAUUAUUAUUAUUAUUAAUACUAUUUUUUUAGUUAUCUUUUUACAUACCUCAAAUCAAGUAACCUGCAGUGGUAUCUUUACCUCAGGAGCUGUAGUAUACUUCCCCUGAAUUAACUUUAUUUUUGUAUCCUUUUUGAUCUUGUUGAAAUCAGGGGAAUUUCUGGGAAUUUCACAACGGAACCUCACUCACCUCAGCACACCACCUACUCAUUCAUACAGUAACCCUAUCACACCGCUCGAGUUGCCAUGACGACGGGCCGUAGCCUUUUUGCUUCUGAGUGCACUACUUUAUUGAUCCUACAGAUAGCCAUGUAAUACCUCAUAUACAGUAGUCACUCCCACAAUCAAUACCAGGGAGUCACCCCCUCAUUCAGCCUAUUUGGAAUGAUGUACUUAAUCUUCAAUCUAACACAAGAAACUGAUGGGCAAUGUGUCUAAAGGGCUUUGAGGAUCAGAAUUAGCUUUGGAUAUAUUUUCACACACGGUAUGAGGUCAUAAGAACUGACUGAUCCGUCUAUCUGUUUAGGACUAGCAAGCCCCAAGCUCACCACCCCGGAUCUAUCUAAUAAUCAGAAAGGUAGUGAAGGUGUUCUAGUCCCUGCUCUGGGAUCAGUGUGUGUCCCUAGUUCAAUUCAACAGAGAGGAGAGACAAAUCACCCAUCAAUGGUUUUCCUCCAACACUGGCAGACCAGACCUGAAGUGUUCUAACCACAUACCUUUUCAAACCUCAUAUUCACCUCUCCGUGUGGGAGAGGGCCCUUUCUCAGGAAGCACAGUGAAGUCUCUUAUUAUGGACUCGCUUUGUCAUUUAAAAAAGGAUUCCACCGAAAGAAUGCGCAAGUCUAACAGACUGUCUUCAAAGAAUACCUCAGACUCUCUAGAAGGAGACAUACACUACAUACCUCAUUGCUGCAAAGCCAGCGUGACUUGACCUGGUGGUUUGAGUCCCUGCGACGAGCAACGGUCCACAGGAGUGGACUCCUCCCGAAUGCUGGACUACAAACGUAGACUUGACUACUGGGUUUUCUUGGGGACACAUUAUUAUACCAAGCUGAACUGGGAUGGGCUUGCUCUCCUCCGGUUUUCUCUGUAUUUGUUUGGUUUACUUCAUACUGCAUUUUAUGAGACAAAACCUAUUUAAGAGUAUUGCUCUGCAUGUGUACAAUCAGGUGGCCAGUAUUUUACACCGUAAUCCUCUGCUGUGUGGUAGCCUCUGGCCGUUGCACAGCUGAAUACCAAAGACUAGCCCUGUCUCCUGCCCAGGCUGUUAUGGGCUAGCUGCUGUGGGUUAGCUGAAUAGGCUAGCUGAACCACUAGGUAGGAUACAGUGGAGUAAAGAAUGGGUUCUAUGCUAGCCCAUCUUCUAUAGUCCAUACUGUUAAAGUUGUCAGCUCUGGUCAUGUUGCUUUCCUUAGCUUCUUAAUCAGACAUUUGCCUACCUGUGAUUGAGUCUUGGGCCCGGUAUGGUUCUGCCUGGCAUGGGCACCCAUCACCUGACAUACCAGGGAUAUACCUCAGUGAGUUAUGCUGCAGUGAACAGUGCAUGAUACACAAGGCCCUUUGGCCUAAUCUCUACAUUGAAUAAGACAGAAAGGGUAGCUGUUUUGACAACUGGUUUCUGUCUCAAUUCAAAGUUCAGGCCUCCCAAAUUUCUCAGACACAUCCACAGUUAGAGUAUUUCCAUUCUCAAACUGUUCAGGUAAUUACUCUGCAUUUUUAAUAGAACAUGAUUUGAAUGAAAUUAAUUUCUAGCAUUAUCUGUGAGGCAUUUAACUGUUUCUAAACCUUUCACCCCUGAUCUCCUGUAAUCUCUGAGGUGGGCAGCCCUGUUGCUUUUAGUAAGCUGUGUUUUAGCUGUUAUUUGUUGGCUUUUGUGGACUUUUUGUGGCGCAGACCACCGACCAGGAUUACAGGACCACCACAACAUAUAUACAAUGACUAAAGAGACACCUGCAAUCGUGAUGAAAUAUUAUGUCCACAUUUAAUAAAGGUGAAAGAUGUAGUUGCUGCCUUAAAAUCAGCUGUGAGAGAACAGUGAACCUUUCAGGACUCUGCUAGGAAUGACUGUUUUAUCUUCAAGCUUAAUCCUUUGAAGAGUAAAUGAUCUUUAUGAAUUCAGUCAGGCAUUAAGACAUUCAUAAAUCAUGUUAUUGGUUUCAAAACCAAGGUAUGCUAUUUAUUUGUGUAGACUUUUCUUCUUCUGAUGGACCGAAUUAGCUUGAUCACUUAGGUGGUGUCACAAAAACCCUUUUUCGUUUCUCUCGUUUUAGAAACGGACAUUUCUGUUUUUUUCCAAUCAGUCUAGUCAAUGACUGUCUGACAUUGUAUCCUUACAGCCUUUGCAUGAGAGAGGGGGAGUGUGUGUAUGAGUGUGAGAGCAAGUUCAGAAUAUGCUAGAGGAGGGUGUGUAACAACCAUGUAAUGCCACGUAGGAGACUGCAGGUGGUGCUGUUCUCUAAAACCACACCAUGACAAGGGUGGGAAACAAGUUAGAACCACAUUUACUGGGAAUUCAGUUUACAGCUCAGGCUUAUGUGGGCUACAAUUGUUGGUGUGUGUGUGAGAGAGCUCUUGAAGACCCCCUACCUCUUACCUCGGGGCAUUGGGCUGCUGUCAUUGUUGCAUUUGAUAUUGAAGUUAUGCAAUUGGCAUGUAUACUGAGGGACACAUCCAAAUCUUGGACGACCCAAAAAUCUGUCUCUACUGACUUGCUAAAUGCUAUUUUAGACUGGUUCGGUUUUUGUCGCUUUUUGAUUUUUGUCAUCAGUUGCAGGCAAGGUCACAUCACUCAAGAAACUGUGAAGUUGAAAGUCUGCAGAACCUUGUCCCUGGGAUGGUUUGGAUUUUAUUAGAUUUUUUAUUAUUUAAAUCUAACCUGAUCUGUGUAAUACAAGUGCAUAUGCAAGUGGUUAUUGAAUACCUCAUUUAUCAAUUCUAUGUUGUUUUUGGCUUGUACAAUGCUCCGUAUAUAAAUCUGUGAGGUUUGUGCAUAUUUUUGUACUGUUAUUAUUAUUAUGGACAUGGUAAUGAUAUUAUAGUUUUCUCUUUUGAUUAAAACAAAAUUGGGACAACGUAAAUGCUUGUAAAACUGGUUUGUGCUGAUUGUAUUUAAAAGAGGAGCACUUUUCCAAAGUGAUUUUGACAUUCAGUUUUGUUCACAUUAGUAAUAUAAAGAUAUGGUUCUCAGGGCUUUAAACUUGUAUGUCAUGAUAAAGUUUUACUUUAUAUCUUA